AUUUUUCAAUCAGUUGACCUCUGGUUAAAUAUCUAACUAUCUCUUACUUUUUCGUCCAAGUUGCAUUGAAAAUGAUGUUCAAAAUUGUCUUGUCGAUUGGUUUACUAGCAUGUUAUUCUAUAGCCAAAAGCGUCGACCUGCCUAGCGACGACCAAGUAGAUCCGAAGGAUGUCGAGGACCCGGAAGUACCCGAUUUGAGCGAAGUUAUUCGCGAAGUAGAAAACAUCCAAGAGACAUUCCUCCGAAAAUUGUCAGAAGAGAUGCAGAAAAUUGACAGCAAGUUGCAGAAAAUCAGAGUUCGACAUGAAGAAGAAUUGAAACAUUUCGAGAAAGAGCCCACCGCAGAAAAAGAAGGUGAAAGGAAGAUGCCAGAAGAAGAUUCCAAGAUGCCGAAGAGCGAAGAAGAUUUAAAUCAAGAAGGUGAAACAAAGUUAACUGAACAACAACAAACGCCAGAGAAAAAGGAAAAUUUGCCAAAAGAAACUACUAUUCAAGUCAAAGAACCAGAAAACGUCAUUAUAGAAGUUCGCGUGCCGAUGCUUCCGGAAUCGACUAAGCCGGAAGAGAAAGCGCCAGUUGAAGAACAUCCGGAAUUGGGCGUCAAAGAAUUGGAAGAAGAACGUUCAACCACACAGAAAUCGUUGGAGAAAGUUAUUGAAGAAAUUAAAGAAAAAUUAGAACAGCCUGAAAAUGACAAGCUGCCAAAGAUGGAAUCCGGAGAAGAAAAAGGAGAACAGGAAUCUGAAGAAACACCUGUCAAAGAGGAGAAGAAAACGAACGUUUCCUCAUCCGAAAGCAGCGAAUCUUCUGAGGAAGCAUCCGAUUUGAUUACAGCUCCUAGUGGGUCCAGUAUUAUCAUCAGCGUUCCAGCCGAAUAUCAAGAGGAGGGAAAUGUUAAUAUUGAAGUUAUUCCACGUGAAGGCCAAGAAUUCCUCAAUCCUCAGCCUGAAGAUCUUCGACUUGCAGAGGGACAAGCACCUAGCACAGAAGCCUCAAGUACAGAAUCUACUACCACAGAAGCUCCUAGCACAGAAGUUCCUAGCACAGAAGCCCCUAGCACAGAAGCUCCUAGCACAGAAGUUCCUACCACAGAAGUCCCUACCACAGAAGUUCCUACAAGAGUUCCUACCACAGAAGUUACCAAAGAAGCCGCUGCUGAACUUCCGACACAACCUCAAAUGACAACGGAAGUUCCUGUUCAGCCGGAAACCACUGCAGCACAAGUUCCUAGAGAUGAAUUCACAAUAGAAACUACUACUUCAACAGAGACCACAACUAUAAAAGAAAAAGAAUCCUCGACCGAAGGAUCGAAAUUGCUUCCUCCUGAUGAAAAAUCGAGCAUCAAACCGACGGAAGAACAAACCCCUGAGCCCACUACCAGCCGUCCGGCGAAAACGACACGCCGACCAACUGAAGGAAAGAAACGACCCUCUGGAAAACGUUGUCCGAUUGGUUAUCAGUUCAACAUCUACACACUCGAAUGCACCAUCCAGCCGAACUACGCUUCAAACUACGCUACUGGAUUUGGAACUUAUUAUUGGUCCAUGUCCCAGUCGCCAAGUUCAUUGACUCCAAAUAAUCCUUUUAAGAAUCUUUUUGGCUUACGUAAAUGAAUGUCAUGAUUAGCGAAGUUGAUGUAUAGUUUUUGAAACUUGUUAAUGGAAUACAAACGGUAAAAUUGCCAUUCAAAAAAUA